CAAUCGGCAGCAAGGUUAGAGGUCACCACUAUAUCAGCUCUCGCUCGGAGGCAAAAUAUUAGUUGGGACAUUAGCUGUGAUACUUGCAAUAAUUUGAUCUUUCUUGCACUCAUGGCACCUAUUCUACUGAACUGCAUGGGGAAUGACCACAGUGACUCCAUCAAGCAACAAGUCCAGGUGAAGAACCCUUACUUGGACACCAUGGAGGAGGACAUCCUCUACCACUUCAGCCUGAGCACCAAGUCUCACAACCUGCCAGAGAUGUUUGGCGACAUAAAGUUUGUGUGUGUCGGUGGCAGCGCCAAUCGCAUGAAGGCCUUCGCCCAGUUCAUCCACGAGGAGCUGAAGCUGCCCGGCAACCUGGCGGAAAUCCGAGAUAUAUGCGAGGGAACUGACCGCUACUGCAUGUAUAAAGUGGGACCGGUGCUUUCUAUUAGUCAUGGUAUGGGCGUCCCGUCCAUCUCUAUUAUGCUGCACGAGCUCAUCAAGCUGCUGCACCAUGCCCACUGCAGGGAUGUCAUCCUGUUUCGCCUGGGGACAUCGGGUGGUGUUGGUCUGGCCCCGGGCACGGUGGUAGUGACCGACAAAGCAGUGGACUACUCUUUCAGGCCCCAGUUUGAGCAGGUGGUGCUGGGUAAAGUGAUCACCCGCAGCACCGUGCUGGAUGAAGGUGUGGCCAGCGAGCUUCUGCAGUGCUCCUCUGAGCUCCAGAACCUUCCCACCGUGAUUGGAAACACCAUGUGCACACACGACUUCUACGAAGGUCAAGGUCGACUUGACGGGGCUCUGUGCUCCUUCUCCCACGAGGAAAAGCUGGAGUAUCUGAGGAAAGCCUACGAAGCAGGAGUGCGGAACAUCGAAAUGGAGUCCACCGUCUUUGCCGCCAUGUGUCGCGUCUGCGGCCUCAAAGCGGCUGUCGUCUGCGUCACAUUGUUGAACCGCUUCGAGGGAGACCAGAUCACGUCCCCUCAUGACGUCCUGGUGGACUACCAGCAGAGGCCCCAGGCUCUCGUGGCCCACUUUAUUAAGAAACGCCUUGGCCAUGUUGUCUAAAACCACAGCACUGCCAUACCCCUCUGAAAUCAGUAGACACUAUAUUGCCAAAAGUAUUUGGCCACCUGCCUUGACUCACAUAUGAACUUGAAGUGCCAUCCCAUUCCUAACCCAUAGGGUUCAAUAUGAUGUCCGUCCACCUUUUGCAGCUAUUACAGCUUCAGCUCUUCUGGGAAGGCUGUCCACAAGGUUGCAGAGUCUUUCUUUAAUAGGAAUUUUCGACCAUUCUUCCAAAAGUGCAUUGGUGGGGUCACACACUGAUGUUAGUCCAGAAGGCCUGGCUCUCAGUCUCCGUUGUAAUUCAUCCCAAAGGUGUUCUAUCGGAGUUCAGGUCAGGACUCUGUGCAGGCCAGUCAAGUUCACCCACACCAGACUCUGUCAUCCUUAUCUUUAUGGACCUUGUCAUGAAAAACAACCCAACACCACAAUUCUGAUCAUUUGGAUGGGUGGCCAAAUACUUUUGGCAAUAUAGUGUAUAUAAAUUCAACUGAUGUGUAUAUACUCUAUUUAAAGGGGGACUGCACUUUUUUUGGGAAGUUUUUCUCUCGUUCACAAUCCUUAUAAGAGACAAGAAGACAAAAGUUUUUUUUUUUUUUGCAUUUUUAUUUGUUCUAAUUCAUCCUAAAGGUGUUCUAUCAGAGUUCAGGUCAGGACUCUGUGCAGGCCAGUCAAGUUCACCCACACCAGACUCUGUCAUCCAUGUCUUUAUGGACCUUGUCAUGAAAAACAACCCAACACCACAAUUCUGAUCAUUUGGAUGCGUGGCCAAAUACUUUUGGCAAUAUAGUGUAUAUAACAUGAACAAUCAUAUUACAGUAUCUGUAAAGUAUUAGCCCACAUUUCAUGUUUUGUUUGUACACAGCUAGCUCGACAGCGUAUGUACUGUAGUUGUACUAACAAGCAUGACAUGCUGCAUGUAUCAUGAUCAAUAUUAUAGUGACUUACUUGAUGGACAGUUGUGCGUUUGGUCGAGCAGGGCGGAGAAGUUUUUUCCAGUUGUUUUUCCAGUGAACACACCAUUUAUGUCGGCAUAGUUCGCGCUGACCUCACUCUCUCGGCUUCCGUCCGCUCCAACAUAUUUCAGCCUGUCUUCGUGCUCGCUUGAUAACCAGUAGUUCAUCCUCUGUAUAUUCAGCUUCAAAAAGAUAAGGUGGUGAAUCCCCAUUUGUCCAAAAAUAGUCGCCUCCGUUGUUUAACACAUAUAUACUUGCAAUGUGUAUAUAAAACAUUAGCCGCAUUUUGCAAGUAUUUUUUUUUUCAUGUUUAGAAUCUUAAAAAAGGACAUAUGUGCUCAUGUCUCUCAUAAUGAUUGUGAACGAUAGGAACAAAAAAAAUGCAGUUGCCCUUUAACAUGUUCAUAUGUGCAUAUGUAGACACUGUAGAUGACUUGAUUAAGUUAAAUAUUAUAUAAUAUUAAUUUAUGUUUGUAUUGUGUUAUUGACUGUGUGAUUGUUUUAGUACUUCCAAUGUUUUCACUGGUAGUUUGUUGAUAUAUUGUAUCUAUAAAAACAAUAGAAACAUUGGGGCGGUAUAGCUCGGUUGGUAGAGUGUCCGUGCCAUCAACCUGAGGGUUGCAGGUUCGAUCCCCGCUUCCGCCAUCCAAGUCACUGCCGUUGUGUCCUUGGGCAAGACACUUUACCCACCUGCUCCCAGUGCCACCCACACUGGUUUAAAUGUAACUUAGAUAUUGGGUUUUCACUAUGUAAAGCGCUUUGAGUCACUAGAGAAAAGCGCUAUAUAAAUAUAAUUCACUUCACUUCAUCUGAUUAUGUGAGUGUAACUUGGAGAUAAUAAACAUAUUUUAUAGCA